CGGGGCGGAGCGGAGGCUGCAGGCUCCUCCCAGUCAGUGGGCGUGGCCUCUGGAAGGGCUGUCUUACCUGUGCCCCCUCAGGCCGGCUCCAAGGGUUCCGCUCUGGGUGGGGGCGGGCCGGAGGGCGGGCCAAGGGCACCAGGUGGUCACAGGGGGAGGGCUGUUUGUCUUGACUCGCCUAGGAUUGGCAGCCAGCCAGGGAGGGAAGGGGCUCAGGGAGACAACUUGAUUCCCGCCCGGAGUUGGGUUCUUCGCAGCUCUUCUGGGCCUCCCGUUUUUACUUACCUCUUCCAGGCCGGGACUUGGAGGAGUCCGCUUUGCGGAGGGGGCGGACCCAGGGACGGUUACUGGGCGGGGCUUAGUCUGGCCUGGGUGGGCUCUCAGGCGGCUGGGGUGGGUGGCCUCCUUCUGCCGCCCGGGGGACUCUAAACCACCGCCUCGAGACAAAGGAGGCUCGGCAGGGGUGACCUCGCCCUAAGCCGGUAACCCAGUCUCCCGCUUCCUCUGCGGGGUGUCCUAGGACCCGCGAUCUUUAAGAGCCCCGCGGGCCUGGUUGAGGCGUGGCCGCCGUAGCGCCAGCCUCCAUCUCCGCCCCCGCGCCUCCCAGGCGUGUGAAAUUCCGGUUGGCUUGCUUUGCAGUCAUAAUUAGGGUCUAUCAUUUUGAAAAAUCUCGACUUCUUACCCGGCCCCAUCCCGACAACUGACUGAGGCUGAGCGUCCCGCCUCCACGCAGCAAGUCCCGCUCCCGGGCUUGGUGGCAUCGGAGAAAUGCGGAGCAGGAGCAACUCUGGGGUCCGUCUGGACGGGUACGCGCGGCUAGUGCAGCAAACCAUCCUGUGUUACCAGAAUCCGGUCACGGGACUGCUGUCAGCCAGCCAUGAGCAGAAGGACGCCUGGGUGCGGGACAACAUCUACAGCAUCCUGGCCGUGUGGGGCCUGGGCAUGGCCUACCGCAAGAAUGCUGAUCGCGAUGAAGACAAGGCCAAGGCCUACGAACUGGAACAGAACGUGGUGAAGCUGAUGCGAGGCCUUCUCCAAUGCAUGAUGAGACAGGUGGACAAAGUGGAGAAGUUCAAGCACACUCAGAGUACCAAGGACAGCCUGCAUGCCAAGUACAACAGCGCCACCUGCAGCACGGUGGUGGGAGAUGACCAGUGGGGUCACCUCCAGGUGGAUGCCACCUCUCUCUUCCUACUGUUCCUGGCCCAGAUGACUGCCUCGGGCUUACGUAUUGUUUUUACCCUCGACGAGGUGGCCUUCAUCCAGAAUCUCGUCUUUUACAUCGAAGCUGCAUAUAAAGUUGCCGAUUACGGAAUGUGGGAGCGUGGCGAUAAGACCAACCAGGGCAUCCCGGAACUGAAUGCGAGCUCUGUGGGAAUGGCGAAGGCUGCUCUUGAGGCAAUUGAUGAACUGGAUCUGUUCGGAGCCCACGGAGGACGCAAGUCAGUGAUCCACGUCCUGCCCGAUGAAGUUGAGCAUUGCCAGUCCAUUCUGUUCUCCAUGCUGCCCAGAGCAUCGACAUCUAAAGAAAUUGAUGCCGGACUUCUUUCCAUCAUUUCCUUCCCAGCCUUUGCAGUGGAAGAUGGAAACCUGGUGAAUGUGACCAAAAAUGAAAUUAUUUCCAAGCUCCAGGGCCGUUACGGAUGCUGUCGCUUUCUCCGAGAUGGUUACAAAACCCCGAGAGAGGACCCAAGCAGAUUGCAUUAUGACCCAGCUGAACUCAAGCUCUUUGAAAACAUCGAAUGUGAGUGGCCUGUGUUCUGGACAUAUUUUAUAAUAGAUGGAGUCUUCAACGGUGACGCUGUUCAGGUCCAAGAGUACCGAGAGGCCCUAGAGGGAAUAUUAAUCAGAGGCAAGAACGGAAUCCACCUGGUGCCAGAACUCUAUGCCAUCCCACCGCAUGAGGUGGAUGAAGAGUACAAGAACCCUCACACAGUGGACAGAGUUCCUCUGGGCAAGCUGCCCCAUCUAUGGGGCCAGUCCUUAUACAUCCUCAGCUCGCUUUUGGCAGAGGGAUUUCUUGCUGCUGGUGAAAUUGAUCCCUUAAAUAGAAGAUUUUCCACUUCCGUCAAACCUGAUGUUGUGGUGCAAGUUACUGUUUUGGCAGAAAACAGUCACAUUAAGGAGUUGUUGAAGAAACACGGGGUAAAUGUGCAGAGCAUUGCAGACAUUCAUCCGAUUCGUGUCCAGCCAGGCCGGAUUCUUAGUCACAUAUAUGCCAAGCUUGGACGGAAUAAGAAUAUGAAACUGAGCGGGCGACCGUAUCGGCACAUUGGCGUCCUUGGAACCUCUAAACUCUAUGUGAUUAGGAACCAAAUCUUUACUUUUACACCCCAGUUCACCGACCAGCAUCACUUCUACCUGGCCCUGGACAAUGAGAUGAUCGUGGAGAUGCUGAGGAUUGAGCUGGCCUACCUGUGCACCUGCUGGCGGAUGACGGGCAGACCCACGCUCACCUUCCCCAUCACUCACACCAUGCUCACAAAUGAUGGCUCAGACAUUCAUCCUGCAGUUCUUUCCACAAUUAGAAAACUAGAGGAUGGAUAUUUUGGAGGAGCUAGAGUGAAAUUGGGGAACCUCUCGGAAUUCCUCACCACAUCAUUCUACACGUAUCUCACAUUCCUGGAUCCAGACUGUGAUGAGAAGUUGUUUGAUGAUCCCAGCGAAGGCAGCUUCAGUCCCGACAGUGAUUCAGAUCUGGGAGGCUAUUUGGAAGACACGUAUAAUCCAAGUACAGAAAGCCAAGACGAACUUGACCAGUAUAUCAACCACCUCCUGCAAAGCACAUCCUUGAGGUGCUAUCUGCCCCCUCUUUGCAAGAAGACAGAAGAAAGCCACAUCUUCAGUGCCGUCCACUCCACUCGAGAAAUACUUUCUGUGAUGGCAAAAGCAAAGGGUCUGAACAUUCCAUUUGUCCCCAUGACUCUGCCAACUCAUGUUCUAAGUGCCCACCGUAAAUCACUGAAUCUUGUUGAUUCUCCUCAGCCACUCCUAAAAAAGCCUUCUGAAGGUGACUUCCAGUGGCCCAGAGAUGACCAUGGUGAAGUGGACUGUGAGAAGCUGGUUGAGCAGCUGAAAGAUUGUUCGAACUUGCAGGAUCAAGCAGACAUUCUGUACAUUCUUUAUGUCAUAAAGGGUCCUAGCUGGGACACCAAUCUCUCCGGACAGCAUGGAGUCACCGUUCACAGCCUUCUGAGUGAGCUCUACGGAAAAGCCGGCUUGAACCAGGAGUGGGGAUUGAUUCGUUAUAUCUCGGGCCUACUCAGGAAGAAAGUGGAGGUCCUGGCCGAGGCCUGCACGGACCUGUUGUCACAUCAAAAGCAGCUGACGGUGGGCCUGCCACCCGAGCCCCGGGAGAAGACCAUCUCUGCGCCCCUCCCCCCCGAGGAGCUCACCAAACUCAUCUACGAGGCCAGCGGGCAAGACAUCAGCAUUGCUGUCCUCACGCAGGAGAUUGUGGUUUACCUGGCCAUGUACGUCAGGGCCCAGCCAAGCCUCUUCUUGGAGAUGCUCAGACUGAGGAUCGGCCUGAUCAUUCAGGUGAUGGCUACCGAGCUGGCUCGGAGUCUGAAUUGCUCAGGAGAAGAAGCUUCUGAAAGUUUAAUGAACCUCAGCCCUUUUGAUAUGAAGAAUCUCCUACACCAUAUUCUGAGUGGAAAGGAGUUUGGCGUUGAGAGAAGUGUGCGCCCUAUCCAUUCCUCCACGUCCAGCCCUGCUAUCUCCAUCCAUGAGGUGGGACAUACUGGAGUCACCAAAACUGAGAGGAGUGGCAUUAACAGACUGAGGACUGAGAUGAAACAGAUGACUAGGCGAUUUAGUGCUGAUGACCAGAGGUCCAGCACUCCGUCCUCGCCCACUGGAACAUCAUCAACAGACUCAGGAGGACAUCACAUUGUGGGAUGGGGGGAGCGGCAGGGCCAAUGGCUGCGCAGGAGAAGACUGGAUGGGGCCAUCAACAGGGUCCCUGUGGGAUUCUACCAGAAGGUGUGGAAGAUUCUUCAGAAGUGCCACGGACUCUCCAUCGAUGGUUAUGUGCUCCCAUCCUCCACGACCCGAGAGAUGACCUCACAUGAGAUCAAGUUCGCUGUCCAUGUUGAGUCGGUGCUGAACCGUGUGCCCCAGCCCGAGUACCGGCAGCUGCUAGUGGAAGCCAUCAUGGUGCUGACGCUGCUCUCGGACACGGAUAUGAACAGCAUCGGGGGCAUCAUCCACGUGGACCAGAUGGUGCAGACGGCCAACCAGCUGUUCCUGCAGGACCAGGUGUCAGUCGGAGCCAUGGACACCCUGGAGAAAGAUCAAGCCACAGGAAUUUGCCACUACUUUUACGACAGUGCUCCGAGUGGGGCUUAUGGAACAAUGACCUACCUAACAAAGGCGGUAGCUUCUCAUUUGCAGGAAUUGCUGCCCAGUUCAGGCUGCCAGAUGCAAUAGGGUCUCACUGGUAAAUGUGACCACACUCUGAACCUGU